UGUAAUUACGUUGAUUCUUCCAUGGUAGGUGCCCCACUGGUUCGACGGUCAACCAUGGUAGCAGAUCUUGACCCUUCGCCCUCGAUACUACUGUCAGCACAUUUAGUAUAAAUCAUCGCGCAAACCUUCACAUCUCAGUCUACUCAACACUACGAAUAGCCUUCUCGACUGAAUAGCCCUCCAUGACACCAGACCGUAAACCUCAGGCUGGCAAAGCCCCGAAUUUCUUAACGAUGAGUUUCGACAUGGUUACAAUACGCGUUGGAGACCCAAAGGAGGCAGUGAGCAUUCCGGUCUACUGCGAUGUCCUCACUGCAGUGUCACCCUACUUCCUAGGCGCAUUCGAAGGCUGUUUCAAAGAGGCGAUCGAUCGCACUAUUUCCUUAACCGACGUCUCUGAGCAGACAUUUCGCAUAUUCCUUCGAUGGGCACAUAUGCAGACGGAUCAACAAUCAACUAGCGUCUCGAUACCUACCCCUCAGGUGCUUCUCUGCCAAACCAAAAUUCUCCCAUACCGCCCUACAAACCUCGAGAGUGCCUUUACAAACUCCACUUCGCAUAUAGACACAGUGGAUGAUGGCGUUCAAAGCGAUAGCAAUAGCGACAGCAAGAAGGACCUUCAGCUGAACGGCGGCUUAAGGCCCCAUGGCGCAGUAAUGUUUGCUUGUGACGAAGACCACUACCACCUUAAAGCAACGGACGAGCUAUACUCUGAGGAUGUCGAGUCGGUUGUAAAUUAUCGAUCCAUGAUGAUCGCUUACCUACGCCUGUACAUCUUUGCAGACAAGUACAACAUCCACCAACUACGCGACGACAUCAUGACCAGCUUGCUAAGCCAAACCUUCGCCGGGAACUGGUGGCCUGAGACUGAUGAUGUCGUGAUUGCUUUCGCGUACGACAACCUGCCCAAGUCUUCGACGUUCCUGCGGUUUCAGAUACUCUCAGCGGCCUUCUUGUGGCUGUCGGAACCGAGUGGGGAUUGUGCCACCAAGAUGCAGGCGAUGCAGGCUAUGAAUCCAGACUUCGCAUUUGAGGUCAGUCUUGCCCAGGCACAGCGACUCCAGAACCACUUUUCUGGUGCAGGAGGGAUCCCAUUCAAAUUUGAAGACUGCAUACCCAAUUCGUGUGUCUUUCAUGAGCAUCUUGUGUAUGACAAGGAUCAGUGUCGGAAGCGUAUUGUCAAUAGCGCGCACAUCUUCACGUCCAUUAUAGACGCAUGCGUCCAGGACGGUCUGGCCAUGUCUACAGCGCAAGUCGAGGACUGAUACGGGAAUAGCCUCAAAUGCUGGUAUAGACUCGUUGACGAGGCUUCGAAUUGAGUUCAACUAGUAGGAUGCGUGAGUUUGGGUUCAGUCGUGCACGAGCGAAAGACACACGGGGCAGAAUAUAUGGUGCCUGCAUCGCGGCAUGGAUAUGCGACAGCACUAGUGUACGCGCGAGUGAAGAUCAACACAUUUAUGGAAAUGCCUGCAUCAAGUCCAGGUGGACCCAGGCAGAGAAGUGCCAGGGGGCGGUCAGAAUUUAUCUUAGCGGU